GAAGCAAUGUCCAGUGCUGGCACUGCCACCGCGUGUCCUAUUUGGAAAAUGUCAUUUUAUCGAUUUUCACUUGAAUAAUAGAAAUGUGAAAAACGGCCACCACUUAAGUUGCCCAGCAAUUUUCAUUUAAACGAUUUCGAAACGAUUUCUUUUUUAAACCAAAAGCAAAAAGGGGUUUCUUCCUAUAUAAGACCCCGAAACAAAGUUCACAAAAAAAGAAAUUCCAUUCAAACGCGGCCAAUUAUUUAUCGAAAUUCUGCAUCUAUGAUAUGUGGCAUCGAAAUUGACAACAGAAUCUGUAUUUACUCAACGCUAGUGCCUGGAUUUCCCAGUGGCAGCCUGUAGCCGAAGAAACUUCGCCCUACAUGAGUAUGUUGGGUUUUGUGUAUUUGGUGCUAAUAUUGGGUUGGAUACUGAUUGUGCUAUUCCUGAAGUGUAAAAAGACCAUAACGCCACACAUUGGAUUAAGUGACAAUUAUGCAGAUGCCGCCAUUGGUGUGGAUCAACAACGUCCCACAAUACAUGUUAUACAAUUGCCACGCGAUGAAUUGGAACAGGAGGAUCAACUCAUGGAAUCCUAUCAUCAGCGCAGCAAUAGUCUUAGAAGACAUUCUCAACGUAUGCCAUUGUCAGCGGUGGAUGAGCGAACCAUCAGCACGACAUAUCCCACGGAUGCAAUAGUCAAUCCUGCCUACACUCAUGACGAGGAUUAUGUUAUUAAUGCAGCCCCACCACCCUCCUAUGAUGAGGUCAUGCGCCAACCGAGUGUUUACCCCAAGGUUCAUUGCAAAAGUAGUGAAGCCCAUAUUUAAGCCCAAAAUACACAACGAUUUGCAAUCAAAAUAUUUUUGAUUUGAGAAAAUCUUUUAGAAAGAAAACAAAAAAAGUAUAAAAAUGAAACUGUGAUUCAAUACGAAUGACCACAUUAAAGUUAAAAUGAGUGAACAUUUUAUAAAUUCGUAUUCAACAUCAAGUCACAAAAGAGAACGAACGAACG